AUUCAAGCAACGCUUUUAAAUAGAAUUAUAUUGUUUCAGAAAAGAUGUGCUGGGAGUCUUGUGCGACUGUCACGAAUUCCGUUUCCAUGUUCCGCGGGUUAAGCGACGUUGUCCCCAGCGUUUUUGGAUAUAGACAAUUCGGACAGGACAAACAGUGCGGUGCAAAGCUGGCAAGAAUAGCUGUAUAAAUAAUAGUUGUUAUUUCAUAAUUCUGUUCUUGUAGGACAAUGUGGAACGCAGCAACCACUGGGCGACACUCGUCUCAUCUAUCCGAUACCGUCAGGUGGAGCCGUCUAUUUCGAAAGAAACAAUGCGACAUGGAAAGAAAUAACCAGUGACCUUCUGGGGCCGUUCGGUUAUACAUUUCCCGAUCCGACAAAGUUAAAAUUGACGCGAGUUACAUUUCGUCUGCCAACUAUAGCUAGUGGCGGUGGCAAUGCUCAAGCGUUCAGCAAUUGGUAUCAAUUUGGCCUAGGCACAGCUGCUGAAAUAAAUAAAGGUCAUGGAAGGUUAUCCGCUAGAUUCGUAUCAUCAGCGCCAUACAAUAAUAAUGCUGCUAUUUAUUACAUCACACUAGAAGCUCAUGGUUUUCGCCGAUGA